UUCUCGCCGUCGCACCAAACCCACGAUGUUGUUGAUAUUAUUGAGCAUCUGUGUAAUCUUAGUAGUGUGGUUGAUAUUUAGACAAAGUAACAAAGACUACUGGAAAAAACUAAAUGUGGUACAAGUGAAUGACUUAUUUGUGAGUUUCUUGCGUGGUGAUCGUUCAAUUGCUGAAAUCUACAAAGAAGUUUACGACAGCCAUCAAAAUGAACCGCACGUCGGCUCAUUCAUGAUGACGAAGCCAACACUUAUAUUGCGGGAUCUCCAAAACAUACAAGCUGUUCUUAAUACAGAUUUCGAGAGCUUCUCUAGUAGAGGGAUCAAUUGCAAUGACAAUGAUCUAUUGGCAGAUAACGUUGUGUUUAUUUCCGACUAUCAACGUUGGAAAACUAUUCGACAGAAACUCACGCCCUUCUUCACCAGUUCUAAACUGAAAAUUAUGACGAAUGUUAUCAAAGAAUGUGCUCGCGAUUUCGUUGAAAUGGUGAAAGAAAAUAAAGAAAUGAGAGAAAAACCAUUUACUGCUUUAUACACUUACACUACGGCUACUAUUGGAGCCUCGGUUUGUGGCAUCGACACACAAAUGAAGAACACUAUGCAGUCGCCUUUCCUUGAACUGAGUUGGAAAUCUUUGGAACCCUCAACUAUUACAGAUAUAAAAUUUGCCAUAUCUACCUUAUCUCCAACACUUUUCAAACUUCUAAAACUAAAAAUUUUCGGAGAUCAUGAGGAAUUCUUCAUUGGAGUAAUGAAAAAGAUGUUAGCUGCACGCAGAAAUGACCCACACAAUAUCAGUGAUUUCAUAGGAUUGUGUGUAGAACUCCAAAAGGCUGGACCAAUGAAGGACAAGUCGAAUGACUACGAGCUGGAACCAACAGACGAGUUGUUGGCAGCCCAAGCAUUUUUCUUCUUUUUAGCUGGCACGGAUACUGGAGCUAACACAAUGCAUUUUACUCUUCUUGAACUGGCUAGUAAUCCAGAUGUUUUGCAAAGAUUGCACAAAGAAAUAGACCAAGUGUUUGAAGAAACAAACGGGGAAGUCACAUACGAUAUGAUUGAUAAAUUAGUUUAUUUAGAUAUGGUGGUUAACGAAACUCUGAGGAAGUUUCCACCCUUAGGUGCUUUGCAAAGGGAAUGCGUAAGAAAUACGGUAUUACCUGUUGGUAACUUGAAAGUUGAAAGGGGGGUUACAGUAGUUAUACCAACUUAUGCCAUACACACGGAUGAGAAUUUCUUCCCGAAUCCCGGAAAAUUUGACCCAGAAAGAUUUGCUCCGGAAAAUGCUGCUUACUUCCCGAAAUAUGGUUAUAUGCCAUUUGGAGAGGGGAGAAGAAUCUGCUUAGGUUCCAGAUAUGGACGUAUUCAAGUUUUAUCUGGCCUAGCGUAUUUACUGCGUUCGUUUACUCUGAAACCUCAAAACUAUACGCCUCGGUUCCAGAAGAGCAGCUUCAGCUUACGAGAUACUAACGCAAAGUACGACUUGAUUCUGAGAAAAAACAUGUGAAGAAAGUGACAAAUAUAAGUAGUAGUAAUAAUAGCAUUUGAUACUAAGAUUGGUGACUAUUAAAAGACAAGGACAAAAAAGUGAAUGAAAAAACUUAUUUUGAAAUAAUUAAUAUAUUUUUUAGUGUCGAAAAUGUAGCCAUGUUUGUUAAAAUAAAUCAGUACAUUACCAA